AAAAUCAAAAUCCGGAACCUCAAAAAAAUUUGUUUGGUAAAUCAGAAUUUACAACUAAAUGGGAAAUAAAAUUUGAUCAAAUAAUAAGACAAUUAUUAAACAAAAAUGGAAGAAACUUCGGAAUUAGAGAGAUUGAUGCAGAAGUAUUUAAUAACAUUGAGUUAGGAUGUAAUGUAAACCCACCAAAUCUCGUUAUACUAGAGCCUGGGCCAGCACCUAAUAGUAAUGAAGCUGUGUUCGAGUUAAUUAACAUGUUUUUAAAGGAUCUUGGUCAAAAU